GGGAACGAAGGAAAACAGAGCAGAGAGAUGUGUCAGCAUCUCGCUGGAAGAGAUGGGGAGUUACUACAGAUACACACACUGCUGUCAGUGGCUGCAAAAUGACAUCAUGAGGAGAGAAAGCGGUCCCCUGUGUGCAGCGGAAAUAGGCUCUGAACUCCAAAAACAGUUUGCCUUCCUGCCAGGGGGCCGUGGGGAAAAUGGCAGCCCCAUUAUAAUCUUCCCAGAAUUCCCUGCUUUUGGCGAGCUGGAGGAGGAGGAGUUUCAGAAUGUCCUUAACUACCUAACCAGCAUUUCCAGCGUUGCCUCGACAGGAGUGGGAUUCAUCCUGGUCAUCGACAGACGGCUGGACCGAUGGGCCGCUGUCAAGGCUACCCUUCUCCGCAUCGCAUGCUCAUUUCCGGGGAACUUAGACUUGGUUUUGGUGCUGCGUCCCACCACCUUGCUCCAACGGACAUUGUCGGACUUCCUCUAGUUCAACAAGGAUGAAUUCAAAAUGAAGGUGCCACCAUGUCUGUCCCUCUCUGCAUGUGUGGUGAUGCUGAGUUCGGUCACUGAGCUCCAUGCCUAUAUUGACCCAGCACAGCUGACCACAGAGCUGGGUGGCACACAGGAGUAUUGCCAUGAGGCCUGGAUCUCACACCGCACGGCCAUUGAGGCGUUUGCCCUCAUGGUCAAGACCACAGCCCAGACACUGCAAGCGUUUGGCACUGAGCUCGCUGAGACGGAGUUACCCAACGACACCGAGGCCACCACCAGUCUGCUGCACACACACACCCUCAAGAAGGAGCAAAUGAAGGAGGACCUGCAGGUGGCGCUGUCUCAGGGAGGCCGCCUGCUAGACUGCAUCAAUGAGCCACUACAGAAUGACCCUGACUACAACAUGACCCACGACGAACAGGACAACCUAGCCACCGUACAGAGACUCCUCGGCCAGCUCAAUGAGACAGAAAUGGCUUUUGAUGAUUUCUGGGAGCGCCAUCGCACCAAGCUUGAGCAGUGUCUGCAGCUCCGGCACUUUGAAAAACAUUUCCGUGAGGUGCGUGCACAGCUCGACGUGGCGUCAGAGAGGCUGGCGAAUUUCUCUGAGGUCAGCGUAAGCCCCGCCCAUGCCGAGCACGUCCUCCGAGAGCUCAGCGCCCAUGACGACAAGGCCUGUGAUUUAGUAGACCGUGCCCUCUCCCUGUCCAGUGAAGGGGAAAGUCUGAUAGAAAACUCCCAUUACGCCGAGGACUCCAUCAGGCCAAAAUGCCUUGAGCUGAGGGGAGUGUGUGAAGAGAUCACCUCCACCCUGAGGACCAAAAAGAGCCUCCUCCUCAGAGCAAUGGAGCUCCACCAUGCUCUGGAAAAGGCGUCACGGUGGUGUGAGGAGGGCAUCUAUCUGCUGGCAUGCCAGCCCGUGGACCGCUGUCAGUCCCAGGACGGUGCGGAGGCCGCACUGCAGGAGCUGGAGCGGUACCUGGACACGGCACCGCUACACACCCUUGUCGACGUCAACGCCAUCUGCUGUCAGUACGAGGCAGUGCUCACGCCACCACUCAGGGACCAGGUGGAGAGAGUGUUUCAGAAGCAGGGCUCCGUCCAGGAGAUGUUUGAGAAAAGAAGGGUGAGCCUGAAGAAGCUAGCUGCCAAACAGACCAGACCAGUACAACCUGUGGCGCCGAGGCCUGAAGUCAAGUCACCGCUCUCCUCUCCUGAUCCGAGGAGGAAAGAGAGAAGACAUUCAGAGGGCAACGUCUUAAAUGCAAUGUGCAAAAAGGUCGAAUCUCCCUUACACAAUGGCAGCAGCAGACACGUUUCUCUCUCAGAGGAAGAGGAAAACCUCGCGGUUCUCCGACGCCACGUAAUGAAUGAGCUGUUGGAGACAGAGAGGGCAUACGUGGAGGAACUGCUGUGUGUGCUGGAGGGCUAUGCGGCGGAGAUGGAGAACCCAGCCAUGGCUCACCUCAUCCCCAGUGCGCUGCUCCACAAGAAAGAUGUUCUCUUUGGCAACAUGCCUGAGAUCUACCAGUUUCACAAGAGGACGUUUCUAAAGGAGCUGGAGGCUUAUACUGACUGUCCUGAAUUGGUGGGCCGCUGUUUCUUAGAAAGGAUGAGUGACCUCAGAAUCUACGAGGCAUACUGCCAGAACAAACCCCGCUCCGAGAGUCUGUGGAGACAGUGCUCCGACUGUGCCUUCUUUCAGGAGUGCCAGAAGAAGCUGGAACAUAAACUUGGCUUGGACUCCUACCUCCUCAAACCCGUUCAGAGAAUCACCAAGUACCAGCUGCUGCUAAAGGAGUUAUUGAAGUACAGCAGGGGCUGUGAUGGCUGUGACGACCUGCAGAAGGCGCUGUCCUCCAUCCUUGGGAUCCUGAAGGCUGUGAAUGACUCAAUGCACCUCAUUGCCAUCACAGGAUAUGAGGGCAACCUUUCCGAGCUGGGCCGUCUGCUGAUGCAGGGCUCCUUCAGCGUGUGGACAGAGCACAAGAAGGGUCAUGCAAAGGUCAAGGACCUGGCCCGGUUCAAGCCCAUGCAGAGGCACCUGUUCCUCCACGAGAAGGCACUGCUUUUCUGCAAGAGGAGAGAGGAGAACGGCGAGGGCUACGAGAAGGCGCCCUCCUACAGCUUCAAACACUCCCUCAAUAUGAGUGCGGUGGGCAUCACAGAGAAUGCAAAGGGCGACAACAAGAAGUUUGAGAUCUGGUGUAACUCCAGAGAAGAGGUUUUUAUCGUUCAGGCGCCAACGCCAGAGAUCAAAUCAUCGUGGGUCAAUGAGAUCCGCAAAGUCCUGACAGAACAGCUCAAAGCUUGCAGAGAAGCCAGCCAGCAGAAAAGCUCUGACUAUGUGAGCCCCAGUCCCACCAGCAACAACACCUCCAUCUCUCUCAGUCCCUUCCGUAGCAGUGGUCAGAAGAACCAGAAGAAGCAGGAGGAGAAGAAGGCGGAGCCAAGCCCAACCUUCGACCCUAUCUCCUCCUCCUCCUCACCCAAAAAUAAAGAUGAGCCGGUGACCAGUCCUACCACUGACAGGUCCUCGGUGGCUAAAAAGCGCUUUACCUUACAGGGCUUCAGCAAUCUCAAGAGUCAGAAAGGCUGCCUCUGGCCAGGCUCAGCCCUGAGUCCUGACCACAGCUCCAAACGCCACUUGGUCAAGAGCGACCCCACGCCGUUUGGGUUCAGAGAGCCCGGGGCCCACGUCGCUCUGAGCGGAGUCAGAUGGAUGAGUACUUCUAGCCUGUUACAGAGUAAGAGGCGAGGUUGGAGCAAGGCGUCUCUCUCAGUGGAUGCCUUAGAAGAGCAUGAUGGGUACUCCAGCGGCGACGAGCCAAUAAACUCUGACCCCGAGGACGAAACGGGAAAGAAACUGGCUCCAGGAAAAUACACAGUAGUGGCGGACUGCGAAAAGGCAGGACCUCAAGAGCUGGCCGUCAAGAGCGGAGACAUGGUUCAGCUAAUUAAAGAGGGAGAAGACGGACAGUGGUUUGUGAAGAAUCUUCGGAGCAGCAAGGAAUGCUGGGUAGCAGCUGCCAACCUCCUGACGCUCAUCUCAGAGUCCAAAUCAUCUCAAUCCCUCAGCAGCUCAGAUGGCAGUGUCUCUGGGAACCUCAGCACCUCGUCCAGUUGCAGUGAGACCUACACCAGCUUCUCUGAUAUCAAACCUUGA